GCAAAAUACGAUAGUUUGAUGAGAAACGAGAGUUGAAUCGUGUUUUAAUUAUUCGUCAAUUCUUUUAAAAGGAUUAUGAACAUGAAUAAAAGCUGAUGCUAGGUAUCACUUGUUUUGUAAUCCAUAACAAUUUCCUAUCUUCAAAUAAAGUUGCGAAUAUAUUGGAUAAUGGGGAAAACGGUGGAAAUAUCUCUCGAGAUACCAAACAGAGUUUAGUUUCUGCCACAGAGAUAAGAACAUUUUACAUCACACGACUGUCAGAAAUUCAGGUUAGUUUACAGCAUUGUUUUAAGAUAGAGAUGACAGCUUUACGUCAAAUGAAGGACUUUAUGCUUUUAAUUUUGACAACGUACCAUCUUUGUCAGGUACAUUGUCGACUUACACACGACACAAUAGCGAUUAAGCGAUUUCUACAUGUGUGUCCGUCAGCUUUACCGUGCAAGCUUCCACCAUGCGACAACCCCGUGUUUGGACCAGGGAACUGCUGUGGAUCGUGUCCGGAGCCUGACACAACCCCGGUCGAAACACCGUCUGCUGCAACCCACGGUAAACCUGACGUCAUAAUCAAUCACCUGCCGUCGCAAAACAAUGUUGGCAGACACAAGCGCUAUGCGUUUACGCCUCCAACAACAACGCCUUCUACAACUACACAUUGUCCAUACCCGUGCACUUUCCGUGGGCAGCAUUACUGUCAGCCGCUGCUUUGCCGUAUUACUUGCGUGGAUGACGUACGGCCGCCGGGCGGCUGCUGCUACGAAUGUCCCAACGGUCCGAACUGUAUGUACGAGGAUACCGUCAUACCGGAAGGACAGAACGCAACUAUGGACAGCGGAGAGGUGGUGUUCUGUUCCAGUGGGGAUUUGUACGGCGGGUCUGUGAUGGUUUAUCCAGUUCCUGCGGUCGUCGGCUAACGCAUCCCGGGCAACGGCGGAUCUGUGAUGAUUUAAUCCAGUUGAUGCGGUCGUCGGCUUACGCAUUUCUGUGAUUUUAUUUCAUGUCAUGUUUUUAAAAAGCUUACAUACGAAACAAACUCUAACGAGAUCUUAAA